GUAGUCCGCAUAUUGACAUAGUUGGGGGCUCAAAUAGCAGAGUGCCUGCGUGGACCAACUCGUGGUGGGCAAUGAUUUAAGUAGCGCACAGAGGACUGGGAGAAAAAAACAAGUAACAAUCUAUCAACAAUCUGCGUGAUGAAGGACACAGCAGUGGAAGCGAUGGCUGGACCCAGGCCUGUGGUGCUGAGCGGCCCAUCCGGGGCUGGCAAAAGCACUCUGCUCAAGAAACUCUUGAAAGAAUACAACGGUGUCUUUGGCUUCAGCGUCUCGCAUACGACGAGAAACCCACGACCUGGAGAGGAGAACGGCAAAGAUUACCAUUACGUCACACGGGAAGCCAUGCAGGCGGCCGUCGAUAAGGGCGAAUUCAUCGAGAGCGCAGAGUUUUCUGGAAACCUGUACGGGACGAGCAGAGCCGCCGUGCAGGCCGUCAAGGCGCGCAACCUCAUUUGCAUACUGGACAUCGAUAUGCAGGGGGUGAAGAAUAUUAAGAAGACUGACCUCAAUCCCAUUUACAUCUCCAUCCAGCCUCCGUCUUUGGAUCUCCUGGAAGCCCGUCUAAGAGCCAGAAAAACAGAGUCAGAAGACAGCCUGCAAAGGCGCUUGCAAGCCGCUAAGGUGGACAUUGAAUUAAGUAAAGAACCCGACAUGUUCGACGUGGUCAUCGUCAAUGACAACUUGGAAGACGCUUACGGGCACUUACGAGAUGCUCUUCUUGAGGAAAUCAACAUGGUGAAGAAAAUCAACAUGUCUUCAUAGGAAACAGGGCACAGUCUAAGACCACUCACUCCUUACUAAACUAUAGACCUCGUUGUGAACAUUCCGUCCCAAAAAAAAAAGUGGUCUGCAAAAGCCCCCCAAGCGUAUUUCUCCAAAAGUGUAGGUUUACAAGUGUGUUUAAGCAUAGCUAUUAUUUCUAAAGUCGAAUGUUUUCUUUUUUUAUGACAAGGAGAACUUUUCUCUUUUUUUAAAUGAUCAUUUACAUUUGUUUUGUAGAGACUUUGCUAUGUGUUGUAUUGUCAGCCUGCUAGGUGACUUGUACCGUAUGCAGUCAUCAUCGGUUUUUCUUCAGCCCGGCCUUAAGCGAACUCAUUCCGACACGUUGAUUAACUGGUCUGUCAAGCAAAGUUUCUUUUGGGUACUUGUCCUGGUAUAAUCAGUGCUUCUGAUAGGAAACCAAAAAAACACAUCCAUUUGUUUUUAAUGCGUAAAAUUAUGUAUUCCAUUUCAUGCUUUUUUUUUUUUUUUUUUUAACGAUGUGCUAGUGUAACUUUGCUAAAAAAAUACAUGUUUUAGGUUUAAAUCCCUCUAAAUUGUGUGGGGGGGGGGCACAGUUAUGUGUAUUUAACCUGCAUUUGAAUCGAUUACGAUUGGAGUGGACUGUUAAGAAUUUAAAGAAAUGGAAAUGU